AUGUAAUAACAAUAAUAGACCUAAAAAUCUUAGAAUCCAACUGAUUAGAAAAAAAAUAAAAUUGGUAAGCCAAAAGGAAUGAAUUCAUAAAAACCUUUAGACAAAACUUAUGCUUGGAGCUCAAACUAAUAAAGCACCUAAGCAGUUUAAACUCUUACACGUCUUGGAAGAUUUAUAUGUUUUUAAUAGACUGGAUCAAAAAGGCCAGCCUUAAACUAAAAUAUCUAAAGUAAGAAAAAAUACAAUAAAUUUAAUUAGACAUACCUGGGAUAUUUCUUAACAAUAUUUAAAUAUAAAUAGCUAAAAAUAUAGGGGAAUGGUGUCAAAUCACUCAUAAAUCUAAUAAAAAUGCUGUUGUUUUCUUUUUUAGCUCUACCCACCCUGAAUUUUAGAUUAUAGAUGGUAUUCCUUUUCUCAAAAAUAACUAUGAACAAUUUGGAAACUAUCCUCCUCUAUAAAAAUUAGCACCAAUGUUAAAUUGGAAAUUUUUAAAUGAAUAUUUUUAAUAUUUGGAAUUUCAAAAUGGAUAAUCGUAAAUUUAUAAUAUUCAAAGCUUUUUUUACUAAGAAAAGAAUAAAAUUUUGAAACAAGCUGAAACCAUUUUACAAUGUCUUUUUACAAAAUAUUUAAUCUUUUAAUUAGAAGAAACAGAUUUAUAAGAUAAAUCAAGUGAUGAAUAAAAUUUAGAAUCAUAAUAUCAAGAAUUCUAUAAUAAACCUGAAACAAAAUAAGAUUAUGAAAAUUGUGUAAAGGAGUUAUUGGCAUGCAUGCAAAUAGAGGAAGAAUUUGAUUAAUAAUAUGAAUGUAAUUGA